AUGUCCGUUUCUGAAUCUCACGCAAAGGAAAUGAAAAGUGCUUUCAAGCGAUUUACUGACUUUCCCUUAGAGGGAGAGCAGUUUGAAGAUUUUUUACCUAUUAUCGGCAGCCCCGUACUGUUCAAGAAGCUGAUAAAUGCUUUCAAAACGCAUUUAGAAGAAAAGUUUGGAAAAGAAAAAAUCGAUUAUAUCGCGGGUAUUGAAGCCAGAGGUCUUCUUUUUGGGCCAUCUCUGGCUUUAGCACUGGGAGUUGGAUUUGUACCCAUAAGAAGAGCUGGGAAAUUACCAGGCGAGUGUGCCACCGCGACGUUCACAAAACUGGAUCAUCAGGAAACGUUUGAAAUGCAGGUUGAAGCUAUACCUUUUGAUUCUAAUGUAGUUAUUGUGGAUGAUGUUCUUGCCACUGGUAUGUCCGCAUCAGCUACGGGCGACCUUAUCAAACAUGUUGGUGCUCAUAUUCUGGAAUAUGAUUUUGUACUGACACUAGAUAGUUUACAUGGUGAAGAAAAACUAUCUGCCCCUAUCUUCUCCUUAUUACACUCCUGA